CGCUUGCUGGCGCUGGGCUGCAGUACCUGCUCCUUCACACUGACCUGCAGCUGUGCUCAUCAAAGCCUCUGCCAGUGUGUGUGUGUGUGUUUGACUCCUGUAUGUGUGUGCGUGGUCACCGCGGCAGACACAAAGGAACUCGCUGCACUUUUUUAAAGGUACCGCCUGCCUGGAGGAGCUCAGGCCGCCGCUGUCACUGUCUGGACCCGCGUCUGUGUUCGUGCUCUCCUCACGGACAGCGAGCAGUAACGGACGCCAGAAGCCGGACUAUUGACAAGUUUGUGAUCAGAUCGACGCUCGCCGUUGAACUGGAGGAAGAGAGAGAGACAGAGUGAGAGGGAGGAGGGAAGGAAGGAGGGAGGUGUCAGGGAGAGAGAGAGCCUCACUGAACCGCUCUCUUUCCUUAUCCCUCUCCCCCCUCUCUCUCUCUCUCUGUGUAUCUUUAGCCUGGACCGCUGAGCUGAUUCAAUGACACACCGAUGAAUGUAGUGUUCCGUGUGCCGUGAGUGUGUGUGUCUGCUGUGGAUCUAUCGCCGUGGAUGCAGAGCCUCUGCAGAGUCAAGAUGCAGUUUCGGACUGUGCUGGACGUGAAAGUCGUGGACGUGGAGAAGCGACGCAGUCCGUCCAAACACUACGUAUAUCUCAUCAAUGUCACCUACUCUGACAACACAUCUCACAUCAUCUACAGAAGAUACAGCAAAUUCUUUGACCUUCAGAUGCAGAUACUUGAUAAGUUUCCAAUUGAGGGCGGGCAGAAAGACCCCAAGAAGAGGAUCAUCCCAUUUCUCCCAGGCAAGAUCCUGUUCCGAAGGAGUCAUGUGCGAGACGUGGCCAUGAAACGACUGCGCUUCAUCGACGACUACUGCAGGGCGCUGGUGCGACUCCCUCCUCAGAUUUCUCAAAGUGAAGAGGUGCUGCGCUUCUUUGAGACCAAAGCUGAGGACGUCAAUCCACCAGUGGAGGACUAUGGCUCCAAGCGCAAGUCUGUAUGGAUGUACGGCUUUACAGACAGCCCGAGGAAAGAGGCCUCAGGGAUUGACAGCUCGGAGCCCAUGGUGUUGGAGCAGUACGUGGCUGUUGCCAACUACGAGAGGCAAGAGAAUUCGGAGAUCAGCCUUAAGGCUGGCGAGACAGUCGACGUGAUUGAGAAGAGCGAAAGCGGUUGGUGGUUUGUCAGCACAGCGGAGGAGCAGGGCUGGGUGCCAGCUACAUACCUGGACUCACAAAACGGAACCAGAGACGAUUUAGAUCUUGGAACUUCCAGGACUGGAGAAGUUACUAAGAGACGCAAGGCUCAUCUGAAGAGGCUGGACCGGCGCUGGACCCUUGGGGGUAUAGUCAACCGUCAGCAGAGCAGAGAAGAGAAAUAUGUGACGAUACAGCCAUACACCAGUCAGGGUAAGGACGAGGUCAGCUUUGAGAAAGGCGUCACCGUGGAGGUCAUCCAAAAGAACCUAGAGGGCUGGUGGUACAUCAGGUACUUGGGGAAAGAAGGUUGGGCCCCUGCAUCAUACUUGAAAAAGCUGAAAGAGGAUUUCUCCCCACGCAAGAAAACACUGACAGGCCCAGUGGAGAUCAUCGGCAACAUCAUGGAAAUCAGCAACCUGCUGCAAAAGAAGUCCGUCAGUGAGAAGGACAUCCAGACGGACGGAGAGGGCAGCACCACCCCGGAGCGCCACAUCUCCAAGAGUGAGAUCAGCCUGCCCAUGCCCUUUAGCUCUGAAAUCAAUGCAGAGACGGGCAGGAGGCUGAGUGCCGGCCGGGACACCAACAGUCCCUGUCUCGGAAUUGCAGCGAGCGCUGCUCUGAAGGAGAGCAAAGUGAGAGGAGAGCCAGGGUCUCCGGCUGUUGCCAGGGUGGCACCACAUAGAGUGGAAAUUGGGUCUCCAAACCUGAGACAAAAACCUCCCCCCAGGAGAGACACCAACUUGGGAUUCCAGUUACCUAAGCCACCAGAGCCCCCUGCUGUGGAAGCAGAGUAUUACACUAUAGCAGAUUUCCAGUCCUCCAUCUCUGAUGGCAUCAGUUUUCGGGGAGGACAAAAGGCUGACGUGAUAGAGAAGAACCCCGGAGGCUGGUGGUAUGUGCAGAUUGGAGAGAAGGAGGGCUGGGCCCCUUGUUCAUAUAUCGACAAACGCAAGAAACCCAACGUCAGCCGUCGAACAAGCACGCUGACCAGGCCCAAAGUCCCACCGCCAGCUCCUCCUGUUAAAAAGCAAGAUUCUGACGAGGCUCCUUCUUCUGCUAAUUCUGCCUCCAAAGUUUCAGAGCCACCUAGCAGACCAGUGUAUGAGGAACCUGAAUAUGAUAUUCCUGCGAUUGGCUGUGAAGGUGAGUCUGAUACAGAUUUGCUGAAGGAUGUGAAGAUGAGUAGUGUGGUCAGCGACAAGUACCACAGCUCCCCUCCUUCCUGCAAAGCCUCCCCUCCUCUUUCUAAGGCGUCUCCUGCGUUCACCCAUCGGAGAGCUCCCUUUAGGUCUGUAGAGGAGGUUGGUAAAGAAGAGUGUAUUUACGAGAAUGAUGGCUUCAGACCAAGCGGUGGAGGUGAACGAACCUCAGCCAAAGUAUCCAGUGAGCCCAACUCCCCAAAGAUUUAUCACUCAUCCACAGUCCCACGAAAACCCUCUGGAUCGUCACAUUUUGGCGAAAGGCCCAUGAAGACUAUGACCCCCGAGAUGAAACGUAGAAGUCAGACCCUGGGCAGACACAUAGAUAUCAGCCUUAGGUCCCAUGACAACAGCCCCCUUUCUUCCUCUGAUGAAUUGAGCAGAGGCCCCAAGAAAAGCACUGCUUUCACCCGGGAUGUGGAGCAGAGGAUAGGACAAAGCCCCUCCACCAGGCCCAAGCCUUCUGUCAGACCCAAACCCCUUCUAACCAAAUCAGAGCCCCAGAGUCCUGAGAGGAUGGACAUCGGUUCCUUGAGACGUCAGCUGAGGCCAACAAGUCAGUAUCGUCACGGACUCAAAGCGUCUCGUGGGGACGACUCUGAAACUGCUUCUGUUAUCUCAUCAGAGGACUCCAUGUGUUCACACAGCACAUCAGAUCUCUCCUCUGUGUACUCUAAAGGGAGUCGUGUUGACUCAGAUGUGGAAGGCCCCACUCUAUAUCGCUCUGUGGACACCUACAAGAAAGUUCAGGACUCUGAGAUCAGCUUUCCAGCUGGUGUGGAAGUCGAGGUUCUGGAGAAGCAGGGUAGUGGUUGGUGGUACGUCCGCUGGGGCAUGGAGGAGGGCUGGGCUCCAUCCUACUACCUGGAACCUGUUAGACAAGUAGUUAAUGCUGGUGGGAUGGACUCAGAUGGACGUAAGAAUAGUGGGAGUAAGUCCAAUAGCCUGGAGAAAAACGAGCAGCAUGUUUUAGCCCAAAACAAUAUCAAUAUUCAAGGUCCGACACAACAGCAGCAUCAAGGCCUGAGUAGGAACACGCCACCAAUUCCUUCAAAGCCUCCUGGUGGCUUCUCAAAGCCCUCAGGGAUGGUUAACGGAGGAGUGCGAAUGAGGAAUGGAGUACGCCAGGUGGCUGUGAGGCCUCAGUCAGUAUUUGUGACUACAUCACAGCCAGCCAAGGAUGGGCACUACAUGACAGGGUCUUUGAGGAGAAAUGAAUCACUCAGUAGAAGUGAUCACUAUUGUUCCGGUUCCGCCACUCUUGGUGUCCGCCGAAAUGCCUCCUUUAGCACUGUGCGGCCACAUGUAGUUGUCGAAAGUCAGACAAGGCCUGCAGAACGCUCCAGCCUGGGGUCCUCGGGGAGUGCAUUUAGUUCAAGCAAUGCCCAGGACGCCCUUAGCAGAGCUAACCACCGUAAUGGCAUCCCUGUGUCCACAGUCCGACCCAAGCCCAUAGAGAAGAGUCAACUGAUCCAUAAUAACCUGGGCAGAGAUGUGUAUGUGUCCAUCGCUGACUAUCGUGGUGAUGAGGAGACUAUGGGUUUCACUGAGGGCACCUGUCUGGAAGUAUUAGAGAGAAACCCUAAUGGAUGGUGGUACUGCCAGGUGCAGGACAGCCUGCUCCCCCGCAAGGGUUGGGUCCCAUCCAACUACCUAGAGCGGAAAAAGUAGAACCAACGCCACAUCCUUCCCUUCAUCCCGUCACCCUGUUUUGGAUGUCUCCAAGGACACAGGUGGUAUCGUUCCUCAAGAAUGUUACCCAUGAUCUCCUGUAAGCAAUAUGCUCUUCAUAAUGUACAUUUAUGUUCAUUUAAUGUACAUUUAUGAUGUAUGUAAAAAGAAUGAUGUUUUAAUCCAAUAAGGAAGGACACUUUUAGUGCUGGUUUACUAAAAUGUAUACAAAGACAAGUGUUAAGAUUUUAAAUAUUUUGGCUGCAAGUGAGAGACAUUGGCAUUGGUCGCCCUUAAGUGAGGACAUUGUCUUUAAGAUAUGACAUGAUAUGAAUGAGAGUGAUGACUUCUAAAAGAGGUUUUCUCCUGCCCAACACUGACUAUGAUGGCUAAUAAGUGCCUUUUGUAUUUGAUUACCACAAAGGAGGUUUUAAAUAGUGGAUGGCAAAACAUGAAAUCAUCCAAAUCUCUUAAAGAGUGCCAUAAGCCUAUGAACACCACCAAUAGUACUCCCAUGACCUCUUGUAAGAGCUACACUACAGAGUGAAAACAAAGUGCAAAGUUUCAGUCUACAGUGGUGACAUUGGUCCAAAAACAACAGCGAAGAAAGAAAAUCAGAUCAAGAAACCUGCUCUACCAGAGAAAGCAUUUGUUUUAAGCAGCUACAACUAAAACAUUUCUGUCUCAUUGUUAGUAUUUUGGUUGUUGCUGAGUGCCUUCCUUAGAGAAAUAUUUCUGCUUUCUUGUGACAUCUGUUUUCCAACAACAGCCUAGAAAUGGAAGUCAAGCUUAGUCACAGAUCCUCAACUUCCCCCAAAAUGUGAUCAAACCAAAGAAAAAUAACCAUUUCAUUAGCGCUGCCUUUUUUUUUUUUUUUUUUAACCCCCAUUCUAUUCUUCUAUUCUUUAUGGCACAAAACAGGGUUUCUGAAUUGUAAACAAACUUUUAACCAUUGUUACCUGGAAGCACUUGAUAUAAUUACUCAAAUAUUAAACCAAUGUAAUCUAUACAAACCCAAAUCUGAACUAAAAUGUCAUUUAAAGAUGCAACAACAAUCUUGUUUCAAAGGUUUCAUUCAUAUAUUUUAAUGUUAUAUUCAGAAAACACCUCAACUUGAAUAAAUUAUUGUCAUAAGUGUCAUCUAAAAAUGUGAAAUUCUGAGCUGAUUUCCACCUUUUCGACAUUCACAUGGCUGAUGUUCAAGACCGCUGAAAUACAUUUUCUAAUGAAAGCUGCUGAACACGAAGUGUGGAGGAUUUUUCUGCUGGUCAGUAUGAUGUUAAACAAAGGACGAUUGCAGUUAUCUGUUGUCACCAAAUUCAGUUUGUCUGUGUCUGUUGCUCACGUCGUGAUCACACAGUGACAAUACUGAGGAAUGAAGUGGUUGAGUUUUGUGAGUUAGUGCACUUUAAAGUUUGUUUUAUGGUGCAUUAAUGUGAAGGUGCAGUCAAUACUCAGCAUAUUUAUUUCAUUUCUUUGUGAUUAUUUAAUGUCUAUUUGUUUUGUUUCUCACCUCAGGUGAGAGGCACAACUCUCAGUCUCUUUGAGUAGCAUUGGGGAAAUGGAGACCUCUUGUGGGAUUAUGUAGGUACUACAACAUGAUUUCUAUCCAACCCACGAGGUUUAGUUGUUAGCCGUCAAACCUCAGUGCAAUAAGAAAUGCACUGCUGGUCAGUGAGUCUCCUCAAAACUGUGCAGAAAUGAAUCCCAGUGCAGCUAAACAUAGUUUUUUUUUUACUUAGUAUAUUUUUAAUUUUAUUUAAUUUUUUAUUUUAUCGGGGAAUAAUUUAUUUAUAUUUUUGAAAAUCUAGAGAACUUUUACGUUUUCUCUGUGUGCUGUGUGCUGCAGCUUUAGCAAACCACUUCCUUCAUCUUUAUUGUGCUUUACAUAAUGCCUGAUUAUUUUAGGUGUAUUUAUUAUGAUUAUUUUUUAUAUAUUUAACAGUCACCUCAUCAACCCAUUUCAAAUAUGACUUAACAUUUUACACAGGUGAUUAUUUUCAAACAAAAAUAAUCAGAGGUCAGUAACAUAAUGUUGCUGACUCGUUCAUAGAUAUCACUAAAUUGUAAAUGUAAUCUACAUGAAUGUAGAAGGACUUCAUAAAUAAUGAAAUAAAGAAUCAGUGGAUAUUGUCUGGACGAAGGCAUUAUGUAAAUGUGUUGAAUCACUUUUGGCAUUUUCUUCAGCACAUAUUAUUUCAUAUCACUGUUUUUGGAUUGAGAUUAAAGAGGGAAUGGUUCUGUGUUGAUCACACAUUUAUAUGUGUAACAUCUAUCUCUCUUUAUUAUUUAUGCUUGUAUUUUGUUUCUUCUUAUUUCCUCUUUAUGCCAUUGUUUUGUUGUCGAAUUCUGAGAGAAAUUGCAAUAGAUUCAAUUUUAAAAAGACGCAUUAUGUGUCCACUGAGAGGAAAACGUCUAAAAGAAAAGUGUGGACAAUGACGGGUGUUUGUGUAAUUCCCAGUCAAACUGCCAGUCAUGAACUUUCCCCAUCAUUUAAAGUCAUGGCUCUGAAAGCAACUGGAAAGUCAUGGGACCAAAGCAGCCAUAUAUGUGACACUUGAUUAUCUCCUGAUGUGACGGACUAAAUAUCACAGGAUUCUCUGCUCCCCCUGUCUGGGAUCAGCAGUGGACACUGAUGUGUGAACGACACGACAGAAACCCACUGAGGGACACUGAGAGUCAGUGCAGCUCUGAGCUGUCACAUUUGUGCCUGAAUGGAGUUGUUGAUAGUUUCUUGUUUUUGUAUUGUUGUUUUCUUCUCUUCUCUUCUUUUUUUUAACGUGUGCGUGUCUCUGUGUGCACCCUCUCUCUCCACUCAUGCAGGUGCCUCUCUUGACAUUUACCCACACACACACACACACACACACACACACACACUCUUGUCACACUAAGUCAGACACUUUCCUCCCCAUCACCACAGCAAAGGUGACAUUUGAGAGACCUGGUGGUAAACAAGAGGUUGGGAAGGAGAUGAUGAACACUUCUCUUGGCCAUUUCACUUCAAUCCAUCUACUUCCAGGGUGUAUGCCACAAUUAUUGGGGGGGAAAAAAGCUAUUUGUCUCUUUGCUGAGCUUUAGCAGGCCUUAUCCAAGUGCUACAGGUGAUUAUUGUCAUUGUGCUAAAGAAUACAGUGCGUACAGGCCAAUACAGCUCCUAUGUUUUGAUGGAUUGUCGACUUUUUAACAUGUGACUUACAGAUUCUAAAGGUGAUGUUAAUGUGUGGAGACAGAUCGUUUUUAGGUACAGCGUGCAUCUUAUGCUGAGAACAUACUGUACAUGCAUUUCCUGUUUCCAGAGGGAGACGGGAGAUUGAUGGUGAUGUUAGAGACAUGUCAGACAGCACGUUGAUCAUUCAUAUUUUUACCACUUUAAGCUCCACAGGGAGCCAAUCCCAGCUGGCACAGGGCUAAAGGCAGGGUACACCCUGGACGGGUCAUCGGUCCAUCACAUACAGAGAUAAACAACCAUUCAUCUCACAUUCACACCGAUGGGCAAUUUAGAGUCCCCACUUAACCU